AUUCAAAAUGGAAGAGAAUACAAUCGAUUGGGAUAAAGUAACAGCUAUGGAUAAGUAUAUAUUUAAUAUAGUUGAAGUGAGACUCUUCUUCAAUUUGCAAAUGAUCUUUAUGAAGCUCUACAUCUCGAAUAAGCAAAGUCUGCAUAUUAGCUUUACCUUAAAAGAAACCAUAAAAAUAUAGAGGCUUUAGAUUAAUACACAGAUUGCUUAGAAUAGAUGGGUCUUGUAGAAGAAUUAUAAGCAGCUCUAACUCCAUAUUUGAAUUAAUAAGAGUUAAUCACGUAUAUCCACAAAUUAAAUUCCUAGUUAGUAUGAACAUUGUUACAAGUUAUUAUUUAAAUAUGCACAAACUUAAUAAGGAAAGUAGGCUAUUUAGAUAUAUGAGUAUGGAAUUUAGUUGGCUUUAUAAAGAAAUGCUUCUAUGAGAGAUAUUGGAGAUGCUUAUGCUGCGAUUGCUGAAGUUUAUUAAACAGAUUUAUUAUAAUUUAAAGAAUCAGAAUAAGCUUGCAUUGAUGCAAUUAAUAAUGCUUUUAAAUAUGAUUCUUUGAAUUUAGAUGCUUUUCUAUAAUUAGCAAAUUUCCAUCUUAAUAAGGAAGAUGAGGAAGCCGCUAAAAAAGAUUUGAGAGUUAUUUAUGAAAAGCUAGAAAUUGAUAUGGAAGAUUAUGAUGAGGAUUUUAUCUUAUAAGUUGGAAAGUUGCUUGUAGAAGUAGAGUUAUUUGAUUAAUCCAUUAAAAUAUUGAGAAUGCUUGUAGAUAGAAAUGCAGAAGAUUCAGAAAGUUUGUAUAUGCUUGCAUUUGCAUUAUGGAAGGCAUAAAAAUAUGAGGAAAGCUUAAAAAUAGUUAAUGGAAUUCUUUAAUUACCUGAUGCAAAAGAUGAUUAAGUAUUUAAUUUUCUAUAUAUUAGGAAAUUUGGACAGCUACUUUAGAGUUAAAAGACCAAUUAGAAAAAGAAACAUGGAUGGAUGUAGAAGAUGAAGAAUAAAAUGAAUUGCAGAAGUUGUAACAACUUGAAUGA